GCUUUGUGGUCAAAGGUCAGAAAGUAUCCCUGGCUUUAAAUCCGCUUUGAAACGUACAAACGUUGAACGGAGAAGCGACUCCGAUGCAGAAUCCUAAUAUCCAUGUGAUGAAACAAGAGCCUAUACAUAGUUUUUUUUUUUUUAACUUAAAGGUAUCCCAGAAACAAGAGAUGGAGAAAGAUGAUCCCAAUGAUCAUGGUAACCUUGGGAAGGAGAUAUGUGUCAGCACUGUUGAAGGAUUAAAGUUGAGCUGGCAGAGGUGGUCGAAUGAUCACUCAGAGUACCAGAAACACAAUCCCUUCAGUACCAACAGGACAUUGAUGGUAAAAAUUCAGAAAGGAGAGGAGAGCUAUGGGAGACCUAAGGAAGGAUCUAAGACUGAGCAGAGAGGAAAGGAUGCCCACACCCAUAUUGGAAAAGAGGUGCAAGAACUUUGCUCCAUUAUCAAAAGCAUUGGAGAAAGCAGAGAGGAUGGUAAAACCGUGGUAGAGUUUGGGAAGCUAUUUGAGAAAUAUGUGACUAUUUCCAACAAAGUUGUUGGGGUCUUGCUGAGGGCUCGAAGACAGGGACUGGUUGCCUUCGAAGGAGAGAUGUUGUGGCAAGGAAGAGACGACUUUGUCCUCAUCACACUGCUUCAUUAAAGAGAGUCCAGGCUUGGGAAUGGGAAAGGAGAUAUCAUGUUUGAAGCUAAACUAACGUAUGAACAGAUUGUAUUCAAUCCUGGUAAUGUAAGUUUUGAUGUCAAUAAUAAAAUAUUUUCUUUUCACAAUUCUCAAUGGGAUAGAAGGACAUAAAAUAUCAUUUGGAGUGAAGCUCAGUGUUAAGUCCUCCUCUUUGAAAAACUUAAAAAAUCAAAACAGUUACAAAAUCUAGGUACUGUUUGGACACUAUAAUGUAGUUUUACAGUGAAGAUUUGCACCCCUUUCCUAAAUUUUAUGAGCCAAACAAUCUCACGAGUGACAUGUAUUAAUUAAUAUAAAUGUACUAAUUGCACUGAAAACACAAAUAUAUAGCCUUUAGUCACAACAAUAUAACCGUUUCUUAAACUUAACUUAAAAAUAUUUUAUUUUGAAAGUAAAAAUUUAGAACUUCCAUCCUAGUUUGAACACAAUAUAGUUCCUAGUUACUUAAGGGAAAAAUAAAGAAGUCUCACAGGGUUCACCAACUACUAUUGUGUAUGCAGCUCCUUCACAAAAGUAAAUGCUAUUCACACUCAGCAAUUGAAAAUAUUCUGUUGAAACAUUGUAAUUUAUAAUUGAAAUGCAAAAUUCAGAAGAACAAGGUUAUUGUUCUUUGUUCUUCCAGAUAAUGAUAACUGAAUAUUGGCACAUCCACAAGACACCAUGCAGUGCAAUUUACUUGUAAAUAUGAACUCAAUAUGUGAUACAUUAUCAAACUUUCAUGCAAGUUCAGAUGAGUUGAAAAUGAUCAAGCCUCUACUCAUUUGCACACAGAGAUACAUAUACUGUAGUUCUAUCCCCUUAACAUAUGCCGAAUUCCAAGUAUCUCGCAUCCAAUUUGGCCGAAUGAGUGCUACAGCCUAGAAGCAUCGAUUAAGAAUCCAAAUCUUUUAGUUACCAUCCGAGGUUGAGAUCACACUGUUAAAGGAAGCACUUGUCUUUAAAAAAUACAUCCACAAGGGCAAGUAUGUCUGUGGGGUGUGGUAUAAAAAUAAAAUAAAAUAUAUUCAUAUAUCUAAAAUAUAUAUAUGUAUUUUAUAAUUAUAAAUAUAUAAAAAUUGUGACUUUAAAACUGUAGUAUUAUAGAGGAAAAUCAUUGGCCAUUCCAUAUAGUUUUAUGAAUGUAAAAAAUGCAUAAUGAAAACUGCAUUUACUGGGAACUAUUAAUUGAAUCAAAUGGCUUUACAAAACAACAAUCCUUUGCAAUUAAAAACUCACAACAAUAAACUAUCUUACCUUUUAAGGGUCAGUACACUUCUCAAAGUUAUAGCAUGUUCUUUGGAAAGUAGUCACUUUACUUAAUAAUUUAUUUCUGAUGCAGUUGUACACUUUUCUUUAGUUUGAAAUUUAGAUUAUAAGCAAUUUAUUUAAAUGAGUGUAUUUGUGUGUUUUUGAAUAAUUUAGACAGAAAAAGAUUUCUAUAUAUUUCACUAAGGUAGUUGUGCAUAAUGGUUUAUGCUUGUUCUAGUGUGAUAUUAACAUAUAUUCCAUAUGUGGUUUUAUGUCCAGAUUAAAUACAUGCAAAUAAUUUAGAAAAAAUGAGUUUCAUUGUCAUGUGGAAAUAUUUUAUAGAGUCCCUAUUACCUAUUGAAAUUGUAACACUUUACAGUAACAGAAAGGUCUAUGGAGACAUACAGAAUCUGAGCUUUAGGGUAAUGCACUGUGGUUAUUCUUGCUGUUAUUGUUACCAUGGAAUUAGAUUUGUAUGAAAAUAAAAAUAUUGUAAUUACAAAAACAUA